AUGCCGGCCCCUGUGGCAAAAGGAAUAAUUGUGACGGUGUCCGUCCUGGUUGCUGCGGGUGUCGCAGUUUACCGGUCGCCUCAGUUUCAAGAAUGGAUGAUUACUUCUCGCCGCAAGAUCGCCUUGGCUCUCCACAACCUGGGCGAUGGUAUCGAACCGCGUGACCCCGUUCGUGAGGACAUUUCGAUGACCGAGGAGACUGGUGAAGCUGCCGAGGAACGCCGCCGUAUUGCUCGUGCAGAGAUUAUGCGACGUGCUACCUUACUUGAACUCCAUUGCCAGUCAAAGGACUCCGGAAACCCGCUCAGCAGCUUCGACUCGCUUGUAGACAAGAACGGAAACCUUCGCGUGGUUGAUGAUCAUGAGGCCAAGGAGACUGAUACUGUUGGCACUUCUACGGGAAUCGAUACCGGUGCUGCUCAGGCUCUCUACCGCGGGGACAAGACAGGCCAGGCUGCUCAUCUUGAUACUUCCUCUGAGGUCACCUCGAACCAUUCCUCGGAGUCAGUUGUGCAGUUUACGCCUACCACCCAAACGCCUGAUGAGGUCCUGUUUGACCCAUUCACAGAUUCUCCGAUCAGGGCUCAAACCCCUGUUUCCUUUUCCGCAUCAAGCCGCUCCGAGGAUAAUGAUGAAGUUUACUAUGCCCAUCCUAACCCAGUGUCGAACACCGGCCACCAGCAAGACUUGCUUGGCGAAAUGCCACUGGACUACGAUGAACAUGCGAACCUGUUCCGAGCUCCGCUUUCGUCGGCCCCAUCCACUACCGGCAGCUCCGGCCAUGUUGAGGACGUCGACGCAUCGUCUGAUGGAACCCUUAGCGACUUGGGCAGAUACUCCGUUGGUGGUGUUGCUACUCCUACCGGCUGGUCCGAAGUGGGCAGCGAAGCAGACAGUCAAGCCAGCAUUUGCACCCACGAUUUUCUGAUCUAA